GCGCAUAAUUCGUUCCGAGCCUCUUUUAGCAAAAAACAUGCGCAUGCAUUGGGGCUCGGCAAGACGCUGUUAGUAAGAGACGUCAGUACUGCCCAGUCGUAACAUCAGACAUGGCCGAAGAAAGAAACGACGGAAACAGGCCUCCUGAAUUUUUCAACCACGGCAUAGCACCCAGCAUGAGACGCGCACUUUCCCAGAAUGCUUCGCUUGACUUUUUCCAGGAUGUUCCGUUAGACCUUUCUCGCCGGCCUCGAAAAAGUGCCGAAGCAUCGAACCAACCGCAAGUAAACCCGGCCGAUGACAAACCCUGGGUGUGCUACUUCUGCAUGGUGGAGUUUACUCGUGCAGCCGACCUCGACAGCCGUAAGGACAGCAACAUCAUCGAUGGAAGGCAUCGGUGCCCGGUAUACGCAGUUGUUGCUGGGUCGGGACGAACUCCAGACUUGUUCAUCACGUGGUCCAAGAACAAGAGCUACCUGUACGCGAAGAGGCACUUUUCUGGCUUCAGGCUCUCGAGGCUGGAAACACGCCUGGGCCACCAUGAUCUGACACCGCAAGAUUGA